GCGUUCGAUGGGAGGAGAGAGGAAAGGAUCUCAUGGCUGUGUUUACCUGUGACUGGCCCGCAGACCAAACCCGCUGUAUCCACCGCAAACUGUCUUAUUUAGUUGCACAGAACCAUUAACUUUACUGAAACAAGUGAAUGAAUGAUAAUGAAGGUUGAUAUUCAUAGUCAUAUUUUACCCAAGGAAUGGCCCAAUCUUAAAGAGAGAUAUGGAUAUGAUGGAUUUGUUCAGCUGCAUCAUCAUUGCAAAGGGGAGGCCCAGAUGUUAAAGGAUGGGAAGGUGUUUCGUGUGAUCCAAGAAAACUGCUGGGACCCUGUGGUCCGGAUUCGAGAAAUGGACGAAUCAGGUGUGACGGUACAGGCACUGUCCACAGUUCCUGUCAUGUUCAACUACUGGGCCAGACCCAACGACACACUGGACCUGUGUCGCAUCCUGAACGACGACCUGGCGGCGACGGUGCGCAGGUUCCCCCGGCGCUUCGUGGGGCUGGGGACGCUGCCCAUGCAGGCCCCGGAGCUGGCCGCGCAGGAAAUGCGACGCUGCGUGACCGAGCUGGGGUUCCCUGGCGUGCAGAUCGGAUCCCACAUCAACGACUGGGACCUGAACUCCCCCGACCUCUACCCAGUCUAUGCAGCUGCUGAGGAACUGGACUGCUCAUUGUUUGUGCAUCCGUGGGACAUGCAGACCGAUGGGAGGAUGGCAAAAUACUGGCUGCCGUGGCUGGUAGGGAUGCCUUCAGAGACUACAACAGCUAUUUGCUCGAUGAUCUUUGGGGGUGUCUUUGAGAAAUUCCCAAAGCUGAAAGUGUGCUUUGCUCAUGGAGGCGGUUCCUUUCCGUAUACUGUGGGACGGAUAGAACACGGGUUCCAGGUCCGUCCUGACCUUUGUGCUGUGGACAAUAAGAUAAACCCCAGGAAAUACUUGGGUAACUUCUACACUGACUCUCUGGUCCAUGACCCACUCGCUCUCAAGCUACUGGUGAAAGUAAUUGGGAAGGACAAGAUUAUGUUGGGAACAGACUAUCCAUUUCCACUGGGGGAACUACAGCCUGGAGCACUUAUCGAGUCGAUGGAUGACUUUGACAGCACUUUAAAGGAUAAACUUCUUGCUGGCAAUGCAAUGGAAUUUCUGGGUCUUAAACGGAGCCAAUUUGAGUGACAACAUCCUUUUGUGAAGGAUUAUGUGUUUGAGCCAUUUUGCCUUUUUGUGAUUUUAAUGAGCUUAGAAACUGGAAAACAAUUUUACACAUAACUGAAAUGGAUACGAAAGACUGUGAUGGUUUUAGCAAAGCUUUAAAUAUGUUUAUUUUGUCAUAAAUGUUUUGUCUUUGCUGAAGAACAUAACAUGCUAUCUUUCAUAGAAAUAGUCAGUUAUUAAACAAUUUUAUAGAGACAAAUUGCCUUUAUUAACCCUUGCCCACUGUUUUUAAAAUGCUUUACAUUUGCAUAACAUAACUUCACAAGCACCAAGGGUAAAAAUUAACCUCUUCCACUACCAAUGGAUAGCACCUAUCUGGGUGAUUAAUCAAAAAUUUUGUGCCAUUGCACCCAACACAGUUCAGGAAUGGUGUGGAUUGUAGAGCAAAUGAUUUUAGAAAAUUAUUUCAGUGAGGGUUAAUUAAAAUGGUAGGCUGACAAGCAGACUUAAUGUUCAGACAGGUCACUGGGGGAAAUGACCCUUCUCUAUGUGAUAAAUGCUUUGGGACAUCUAAUGUCCACAGUGAGUUGGGGAAUUUAAACAUCUCAAUUGAAAGUUCUCACUUCCCACUGCAGAGUCUCCUGACAUAAAACUGGGGUCAGUUGGUGUGGAGUCAGUUUGGUCUUGAAGGCCACCUCCAUCGGUGUCCUGGUUUUCCACAGAAUCUUUCAAUCAGGCAUGAAACUUGCCCAAUAGACCUACUGCGUAGCAAUAUAGAUUUGUAGUGGAAUAAACUCAUUUAGUCUAAAAAAAACAUAUUUACAUGAAACAGUCAUAAUACAGUUAUAAAGCACAUGGCUUUUGGUGAACAGGGACAGGUAGAAUUUCAAAUGCAUGUUUUGAAAUAUAUAAAUUUGCAUACGUUUUUCAUAUGUAAUAAUUUCUAAUGUUGAUUGCCUUCUUUAUAUAUGGCUUAUGUCUCUGUACCACCUGUAAAGCAGCCUACUUUUCCAUCCUUUUAAUUGUGGUUUAUAUUUAGUUUAACAUAAUACAACCCUGGUGGUGAACUACUGUGGCCCACAGAAGCCGACUGUGCCCACACAGCCCAACUUUUACACGUCCUAAGUGAGUCCCUACCUUAAUACCAAAUCACUUUCAUUAUUUGUUCCAUCUGGAGGCGCAGACAGUGCAUGUUGUAUAUCACUGUUUAACCUGUCAAGUAAGAAUAAUAAUAAUAAUAAUAAUAAUAAUAAUAAUAAUAAUAAUAAUAAUAAUAAUAAUAAUACACAUUAUUUAUAUAGCACCUUCCAUAUAAACAAUGCGGUUUUACAGGAAGAAUAAAAAGAUUUGUAUUUUAUUUUUAUUUUUUUUUAUAUAUAAACGUGCACAUACACAUACAUAAUAGUGGUGGAGGAAGAUGCUACUAUUUGUAUUUGUAUCUGUAUUUGUUCAAGCAAAAAAGUAUUUGUAUUUGCAUUAAAAACCCUAAAAUGGGCACGGGUACAACCGGAAAUGGGUGGAGAUUAAACGAAGAUGUAUAAAAUUCCAGAUUUUUUACCAUUAUAAUCACUGGCACUGCUAUUGUUGAGAUAUUAAAGCAUUAAAGUCAUCAUUUUACAAUGGCAUCAAGAAUAAUGCAGUUUAAAAACAGGUAAUUUGCUUUUUAAAGCUGUGUUUAACAAACAAUUAACAAGCCAUAACAGGCUUGUAUGGCACUUAGUUA